UCUCUCUUUUCAUAUCUUUUUCAACUCUCCUCCUCCUCACUCCACACUCCAUGGAUACACUGUGAGAGUCUCUCAACGGAUCUUUUUCUUUUUAAUCUGCCUCUGCCUCUGCCCCUCCCUCUCUGGUGUUCACCUAUAUACUUCUGCUACAGAAAAAGCCUCUUCUUUGUCAAAUUUCUCCCUUGUAAAGCUUUAAGUCUUUGGUUUCCUUAUUGGGUAACUUUCUUUUUCUUGUUCUUUGCGGCCUAACCUCACUUUUCAUGCUAGUUCCUGGGUUUUUUUUUUUCUAGGGUUUUGGAGUGAACUGUUCUUUUGUAUCAUUUCUUUCUAUUGGAGCAGAAACAAUUUUGUUCUAAGAUGAGUUUGGUUUUUUCUUGAAUAAGAUAUAUAUUUAUUUUUUUUCCUUUCUUGUAAUAGGGUUCUUGUCUCUUGAGCUUUUCUAAAAUAUUCUCAAACUCUUGGCCUUUUCUACCUUCUUUUUUAAGCCACACAAAUUUUUUUUCCUUAGUGUGUACUUUUUUAGGGUUUAGGGUUUUGUUACUCUCCCAUGUUUCCCAAUUAUCACAUCAAAAAGUGAAUUUUCAGCUUUUCCUGCAAUUGGAUCUCAAAAUUUCUUCAUAAUUCCAUCUCAGUCUUCAACUUUGAGUUCAAUUCAGAAAUGGGUUUCCUCCUCCAAAUUCUGGGUUUUCUUUGAAAUCUUCAAAUCACAAAAUCCAUUUUCCUUCUGAGAACUAUGUCUUCUCCUUGUUUAAGUGGAGGUAGUAGAACCUAUGGGUUCGAUUUAGAAAGAGUGAAAUCACCAUCAACGUCAACUAGAACUUCCCAAUCAUCUUCUCCAUCUUCUACCAUCUCUGAAUCUAGCAAUUCUCCUCUAGCAAUCACUACAAGAAAACCUCGAACUCCUCGAAAACGUCCCAACCAAACUUACAAUGAAGCAGCUGCUCUCCUCUCCACUGCCUACCCAAACAUCUUCUCCACCAAGCACCUCACCAAACCUCGCAAAUUCAUCAAACCUCAUCAGGAUACUCUUAUCCUCGACGAGUCCUCCCCGGAAUUACUAUGGCCUUUUCGAGUUCUCCACGACUCUGAUUUUCUUCUUCAUCAACCCAUCGAAAGUGGGAAACCCAGUAUUGUAAAUGAAUCAAAAGUAGCAAAUUUCAUGAUUUCUUGUGACAACAAAUCUUGCCAGAGUGGGAAUUCCAUGGAAUUCUGUGAUGGGUAUCAGGAAGAUUUCGAUGCUGAGUCAAUUCUCGAUGAGGAAAUCGAGGAGGGAAUCGAUGGUAUAAUGGGAAAUCUGAGAGUAAGCAAUGAAAACGCCGAGGUCUGGUCUAAUAAAGAUGGGAAUCCAAUGGGAUUUCAUUUCGGCUGGAAAUUCCAGCUGGGAGUUGGAAACGGAAUGAGAAAAGGAGUUAGAGCAUUGAGAUAUGGCGAUGAAGGAAAUUGGUGGAAUUUUCCAAUCGUCGAUAUGCUUCAAAUCUCGCCGAGACUUAACCACAACAACAUCAAGGUUUCAGAUUCGAAGCCGAAAGUGAAGCCGAAUUUUAAUUCUGGCGAGAAAAAGAAGAAGAAGAAGAAGAAGAAGGAGAAACCAGCUGUGGAGUUGAAGAAUUCGGAGUUGGCGAAGAAGAAUUCAAUUCCGCAACCGAAUUCCGGUUUGUUAUUGAAACUAAACUACGACGGCGUUUUGGACGCUUGGUCAGACCGUGGGUCUCCGUUUUCGGACGAUCUUUGGGGAUCCGAAGGAAAUGAUUUCUCUGCUAAAUUGGCAGAAAUGGAUAUAUUUUCAGAAAAUGGAAUAAGAGAAGCUAGUGUAUUGCGAUACAAGGAAAAACGACUUACACGUCUUUUCUCUAAGAAGAUCAGGUAUCAAGUUAGAAAAGUCAAUGCUGAUCAACGGCCUAGAAUGAAGGGGAGAUUUGUGAGAAGGCCAAAUUCAAGCGCUGAUAAUCAGAGAUGAGAAGAGAAGAAUAAUAUUAUGUUUGAAGUGAAAAAAAUGGUAUUUUUUUUAUUUUGUUGUUUGAUUAAUUUUUUACUUUCUCAUCACAUUAAAAGGGAGAGAUGAAGACUAGGUAAGAAGAGGAGAAGAGGAAUAGUCCAACAAGUUUUUGCCCUGCUUUCUCUUUUCUCUAUAAUGUUUCUGUUUGUUUUCUAGUCUUUGGAAGAUGCCCUUUUUUUUUUCCUCCUCAAUUUUAUUUUAUUCCAUAAGCCAUAUGAAGUCUUGUGAUUUUUGCUUCCAA